GUUACAGAUGUGCCAUCCGAGGAAGGUCACCUCUCAGAGCAGGAACGGGAGUCACCCAAGACAGAGCAUGACAAUGUCUUUCUCAUCAGGGCGCAAGGAUUCCCCUUCUCGUGCACCGAAGAAGAUGUGCUUAGCUUUUUUGAUAGCUGUAGAAUUCGAAAUGGUGAGAACGGCAUACACUUCCUCUUAAACAGGGAUGGGAGACGCAGGGGGGAUGCCUUGAUCGAGCUGGAGUCAAAAGCGGAUGUCCAGAGAGCCUUGGAAAAGCACCUGAGAUAUAUGGGCCCACGCUACGUGAAAGUUUUUGAAGUACACGAUAGUGAUGUAGAGGGCUUACUACAAAGUCUGCGGGAUGAGUCACAAGCCAUAAAUGAUGGAGUUGUACUACUCAGAGGCCUUCCGUUCAGCUCCACUGAGGAUGAUAUCGCGGAUUUUUUCUCAGGUUUGGAAAUAACUGACAUAGCUUUCGUUUACCGUGGAGAAAGAAGAACAGGAGAAGCUUUCGUGCAGUUCGCAGCUCCUGCAAUGGCAGCUAAAGCCCUGUUACGACACAGGGAGUACAUGGGAAAUAGAUACAUAGAAGUGUACGUAAGUAGGAAGCAUCAAAUGCAAAGGCACGUGCCUUACGACAAGCAGAUGGUGACCUACCGCCAAGUGAGAAAAGAACAUGAAUCCGUUUCCGAAGAAAGGGGAUUGAGCGACACGGGAAGCUCCGAUGCUGAAAGAGAAAACAAAUUGUGCAGGGAAGGAACGGAAAGCUCCGGGCACAUUUUAGAAUCUGGGAACAUCUCAUCCCCACUGCACUUUGUCCACAUGAGGGGUUUUCCUACCCAAGCUAGUGCCCAAGACAUAAUAAAUUUUUUUGCUCCACUGAAGCCGACAAGGAUCACGGUAGAAUACAACUGCCAAGGAGAAGCCACAGGAGAAGCGGACGUGCAUUUUGAGAGCCAGGAGGAUGCAGUCGCUGCAAUGGCUAAGGAGGGCUCACAGCUGCCAACGUGUGGCUCAGGCUUACUAGUUCUGAUACUCUGGAACUCAGCUAGCUUAAAGGCUAAAACUGAGUGGCAGAAGAGGAUCAUCACAGCUAAUCUGAGGUCAGGCAUCGAGCCUGGACCCUCUGGCCUGCGAAUCCAGAUCCCGUGGGAUAAAAGUCCUGUGGCGAAGGGGCAGCAGCUCCUCUCUGAGGAAACCGUGUAUCUCUCCUUGCCAUUUACAAGAGAAGAAUUGCAGGCUGUGUUGGGUGUGAGCGCCAAAGCGAACACAUUCCGUGGGUAUGAGCGUAAAGACCGAGUACGAGUGCCGCUGCUCAAUAACAAGGAUUAA